GAGGAAUUGUGCUCAAGUUGCUGAAGUCUUAUUUGGAAAAUAGAUAUCAGAAGGUGCCUCCAAAGUUCCGGGGCUCAGCCCUUAGGAACUCCCAAGGGUCCUGCAUCAGGUGGGCCCACCUACAGCCAGGCUACCGCUGGUCUGAAGGUGGGGAUAAUGCACAAAAAAAUUCCAGAGGUGAUUUUGGAAAUGGACCAACUAAUGGCCAUCAAAAAAUCGCUAAUGGAAGAGAUUAUUGCACUGGGGAACGAGGACGCCAUAACGCCUACGUUCCAGCAACUGCAUAUAAGGCCAGGCUGGCUUGGGCUGACAUGCUCUGACAAAGCCACUGUGGAGUGGCUGAAGAGCAUACAGCCAAAACUCAAACCUUGGGUGGGAGCUGAUCUAAGGAUAGACGAAGAGGCAGAACUGCCUCACCCGGAGAUCCUGGUCGGAUAUCUCCCCGACAGCCAUGAUCUCUCCAAUGAGAAAAUUCUCAAGGCGGUAGAGAAUCAGAACGCAGGGCUCAAAACCUCCAGCUGGAGAGUCCUUCGAAGGGGACCAUCAGGACCCAUGCUCGAGAUUGUCAUCUCGGCUGAUAGAACAUCGGUCGAGAGACUUAGAGCAAAGAAUUGGCAGAUAAACUACUUUUUCGGCCAAACAAAUCUUCGCCUUAAGGGACCAAAGACAAUGGCCGAGAGGAGAGGAGCAUCUCAGGCCCCAACCUCUGGUCCGGCGUCGAAAAGGCCCAAAGGGGAGGUAAAGAAGAAGGUGGUGAAGCCUCCAGGAAAUGAAGAGGCCAUAAAACCGACCACCAGCUCUGGGGGGAGGGCUGAUCCGCAAGGGCGGGAUAAGGGGGGGUCCGACAGAGAAAAACCGGCGGUCCCUUCCGAAAAGCCUAGCGGACAUCCAACCUCAUAAGGAGCAGAUGUCUGACGUGUCUUCAGAUAAACCUCCAGCACUCGGAGGCAGCCUCUAGUGCCUUAUGCUGGAGAACAUCUAGAAGGCAUGUUGACAUAGGGCUGAUACAAGAGCCCUGGAUCAAUGGAGGCCAAGUAAGAGGCCUACCAAACAAAGU